GAGACCUUGUGAAUGAAACAUGAGUGUUGAAGGUGAAACAUGCACUGAGGCUGUUGAACAGAAAUUAGUGUCUCUUUCUCCAAGCAUGCAAAGUGAUUUAUCGACUGAUGGUGAUGCAAGUGUGUUGCAAAACAGUACAGUACCAAAUGAUCAGUCAUCAAUUACCUCUUUCUCUUCACUUACCACCAGCAAUGAACCAAAGGCUAAGAAACGGCGUAAACAGAGUAACCCUUUAAAAAUCCAAAAUGCUACCUCUCCAAAGUUUGAAUUAUCCACAUAUGAUUUUGUUGAACAGACUGAAAAUGAGGCAAAUCAACCAGUUUCAUAUACAUUUGAAGAAGGUGUGUUGAAUCAAAACCAUGUGGGGGAUAAAUGCAAGACUCCUGACUCAGCUUCCCCCAAAGUUCUUGAAAAAGGAGCCCUUUCUCGUGUCACCAAUGCCUUAUACAACAGUAAAAUCCAAGAAGUUGUAAAGGUGAACAAACCAGGUAAUAAAAGCAAAGAAUCAUCCUUGCAAUCGCUUACAGACAUAAGUUCUCCGGAAUCUAGCGAAGAAGUCAUUUCUGCUAAUGAAUUAAAAAAUGCUAUGCAUAUUUCAUAUCCACAGAUGCCUCCCCUUCUUCCCAUUAAUCCAGUAGAUAUUGCCAACGAUGCAACAAAACUUUCCAACUUGUACCCAUUUAAUGAAUUCCCGUCUCCUGUGCAACAAGGAAGUGUGAGUCUCCCAAUCUCCCAUCGCAGUUUCAUAACGUCCAGUGGUGUCCGUGUGUUCAAUCCAGAAGCAUAUUGUGAAUUGUGUGAAAAGGAAUUUUGCAAUAAAUAUUUCCUCAAAACUCAUAAAGCAAAUAAACAUGGCAUUUGUACUUCUGAUAAUAAUACUGGUGGUUACAGUUACAGAGUCUCAUACAAAAGUAUGCACAUGAAUCCUCAGGCUACCCAGCAGGCCAUAAGCCAAAUGUGCGAAAAUGGUGCUACGUUUGGGUCUGCUGAUUCAUACUGCAAUAUAUGCCAGAAAUACUUCUGCAACAAAUAUUUCCUUAAAAAGCAUCGCCAAAACAUUCAUGGAAUUCAAGAAAACCAAGAUACAUCUAGUAUUCCAAGUAGUAUCCACGUGCCUGUAAUAUCAUCACCUUUACCUUUAGUUCGGUCAGUAAGUCAGGAGUCUAAGUCCAUGGAAAAUUCUUCCGGACCUACAACCAAAGAAGAGGAGUCUAAAAUUAAUGUUAGUCUAGAAAAUAUAAAAAAUUCUUUAAGUUGCAAUGCAUCUCUUGUAAAUGGUUCUAGUCCUCACACAGCUUCUCAUAAGAAUGUCUUAAAUGUCAGUCUCAACCAGAAAGAAAAAAAGAAUGAAAAGUUUUUAUGUGAACUUUGCAAUAUAGAGUUCUGCGACAAAUGCUACCUCGAUUCUCACAAGCAGAACAAGCAUGGACCAAUUAAAAUACCAGGUACAGAAUUUCCUGAAUUUUCUGAAGUGGGUAAAAUAGAAAGUGGGGAAAAGUCAAGCCCUACUGAUGAUACUGAUGAACUCAAAGAUAACUUCAAAGGUCAAAUGUGUGCACCAUGCAUGAAGAAUUUUACAAGUGCUGAAUCAUUUCAAAAACAUAUGUUAGAGAUUCAUAGUGCUUCUCUAAAGGAAGAAGAUGAAACUUCUAGAAUGUCAGAUACUAUAAGUAAAAAAAAUGGACAAAAUUUUGAAAAAGAUUUAUCUCAUGUUGUUGAAAAAUGUUCUGCUAUGCAAGAAAUUGAAAAUAGCAAUAGUUCCAGCGAUUCUGGGUCAUUUGUUUGUGGCUUGUGUUUUGCAAAACUGAAAGAUAAAAGUAAUUACAUGAUCCAUAUGGAGACUGAACAUGGUUUUCUCGGAACUUCAGUAUCUGAGGAAACUGGUCAUUCUCAAGAGAACAGUCUACAGUGUGAAGCCUGCUCAGAACAGUUUCCAGAUCGCCUUACAUUCUUGUCACAUAAAUUGAAAAGUCAUGGCAUAAUAUCACCAGGUUUAGAAGCUUUAGCCGAUAGUAUUGAAAAUGGAGACUUAACGUAUUUUUCUGCUGGGAAACAGAAAAGUAGUAACAGCAGUUUUUGCCAGAUUUGCAAUAAGGAAUUAUGUAAUAAAUAUUUUAUGAAAACGCAUAUGAUGAAAAUGCAUGGAAUUGAUGUUGAUAAAAUCCAGCAAGAAAAAUGGUCAGCGCUUUCAGGUGGUGUAUAUUGUGACAUUUGUCACAAAUUUUUAUGCAGUAAGUAUUUUUUAAAGAUUCACAAACAAAAUGUUCAUGGAAUUAUUGAAGAUUCCUCCAAGUUGGCCGUGAUUGAAUCUCCAAUGCCUAAUGUGAUAGGAAUUGCUGAAAAAAAAUCAGAAAGGCUGUCUGGAAAUUAUUCUCAAGGAGUCAAAUUUAAUAGUCAAAAUGAUCAUGUUAGUUCUCAGGAAGAUUCAAUGAAGCGUGGUAGUAAUAAUAUGUUCUCUUGCGAUAUUUGUGGCCAAGAGUUCUUAAGUAAGCUAUUGCUGCAAGUACAUUUAGUAAAUAAACAUGUGAAAUGUAAUGAAUCUAAGUCUUCUCCCAAUAUGGCUAUUAGCUCGUAUUCUCAAUCAGCUGAGGAGUCGAAAGAUGCCCUUAAAUCUGGAAUCUUGCCAUGUUCUUGUUGUUCUUAUGUAAAUAUAGAUAGUUCAAAUACCUCUCACAUCAGUAGUUCAGAAUUUAAAAUAGUGUUGUGCAUUAUAUGUAAUAUGACGUAUCAUCAAAGUGAAUAUCACACUCAUCAUUUGACCCAUGGAACUUCUCUACCAGUUGGAAAAAAGCUUCCAAACUUUGAGAAUGGUGUACAUGAACUAGGCUUUGGAUUUAAUGUCUCAGGGAACAAUGCAUUUGAUCCAAAUAACAAAAAUAAGUUGCACCCUCGCAAGUUCAAAAGAUUUCGAUGCAGUAAGUGUGACAAAACAUUUCGAACCAAAAUCAAAUGUCUUCAUCAUAUUCAAGUUAUGCAUAAAAGUAAAAAAAGCCUUUCAAAUCCAUGUGACCAACAGCACCCAUCCAAAAAAAGUUAUCUGAGCAAUGUUGGUUGUAAAAAAAAUUCAGAGAACGAAGGCACGGGUUCUGGAGGCAUAGAAAAUUGUUCUAAUUCGCUCCAUGGUGGGGUAGAAGCGGAAAAAAAGUCAUGUCAUAUGAAUUCCAAUUUCCAUGAAACUUCAGCACCAUUGCCUGUGCCAUACAUUUUGCCUAAGAACUCUGAUGUGAUUAUGCAGCCUUUUCAUCUUUCAGAACCAAAACCGGAAGGAAUAACAAAGCAAGACAUAUUUGUUCCAUCGUUAGUUUAUCUUCCUGUAAGUCAAAAAGUAUCUGAGCCGCUUACUGUUGCGUUUACUUUAACUCCGGCUUAAAAAAGAUGCAAAGUUUUAUUUCUCCUCAUUCUGGCAUUUGAAUAUUGCCAUCUCAUGGUGUUUUAAAUUUUUGUGUUUGUUUAUGUUAUGGUAAUUAUGUUUGUUUUCAUGUGUGAUAGAGCAAGAGCUGCUGUCUUAUUUCAAUGUAUAUGUAAUAUGAUUUAAUACUGGUUAAUUAUAGAUUUAGGCCAAUGUAUUGUAAUUACCUGUUAGACAUCUUGCCGAAUAUUUAGCCUGUUAUUAGUACCUAAAUAUUGAUUCCUAUUUGGCCAAAUUUUGGUAUAAAUGACAAAGAAAGUUUAGUGAUGUUAUCUUUUAUCAUUUUACAGAUUGUAUUAUUCAUAUAUGUCAUACAUUUAUAUACCUCGGAAUCAUAUAUUUGGCCCAAAUAUUCAUUGUCAUCAUCAUUUGAAAUAUCAUUUGCAUUUUUGAUUUUAAAAAAAUGUGGUCGAAUGUGUUAUAUUAAUACUGAUCUGUUUUCAUUAUUUGACUGACGAUAAUUUCAUUUUUUCAGAUUGUGCAAAACAAUUUCAUAAAAGUAUGUAAAUAUUAUUAAUUAUAUCAGGAGUACAUUUACAUGUAUUAUGUAAUAAUGUAUGUUUUAGCUCUAAGCUAUUGGCAUAAAUAUAUUAAGCUUCUUAAUUUUAUUUAGGAUUUUAUAAAAAUUAAGAAGAAAUAGAGGCUGUGUUUUUAGCUUACUGCAAAAACAUGCAACUCCUUGACUCCUUUGUUUCUGUGCACUACUAAAGUCACUGCAUACGUUUUCUUUACCUGGUGUUAUCAGAACUAUUUCAAGGUCCAAAGUUAUCAUUAUAUGCCUAAGUUUUUAAUGAAUUUAUUAUCACUGAUCUAUUUUUGUAUUGCAUUAAAAAUUUUAACUCGUUUUGGGCUAUACUUUUAAAAUAAAAUUAAGUUGAUCAUUACUAUUCUGCAUAUUAAGAAUAUAAAUUUUUUUAAUUAUAUUGGUUAACUGUUUCUCAGGCUGUUGAGCAUUUAAGGUUAUUCAGUAGCAUUUUAUUAUGUGGAAGAAAAAAAAAAAAAACUCGGGAAUUUUAUAUUGUGCUGUUUAGUUUCUUUAUAGCUUAACAGUGUUACACGAUCUUUUAAAACAAUCUGCAUAAAAAUUCCUCUUCCAAAGUAUUUGGCUUGUAUAGAUAAGAUAAUGGUUAAUUAGGUAAGCAGUGGCUAUUUGUUUUAAGAAGGAUGCUAUCAUGAAGGACUUCACAAAAGUAACUAGUUUAUUAUCAUAAUGUUGCAUAUGCAAAAACACUUAAAAUGUUAUGUGGUCAUUCUGCUGAGAAUUGAAUUUUUUUUAUUUGAAAACAUGCAAUCUCCCCGUGCACCACAGAUGUACAACAUAGGGCUUACAGAAGUAAGUUAACUAAAACUUUAAAAGUUGCAUGCAUAAAUAAAACAAAUAAAAGCAGAGAACAGCAGUCUGGAUUUCACGAAAACAGGUAAGUUCACUAGCCAAGUCACUCCAAACAUUUUCAAAUCGUUCUGCAAGCAUAAUCUAGGGCCAUCAAAUGUAGGGCAUGAGAAAAUCAAAUGUUCCACACCUUGAGGUACUCUUUUUGAAUGGUUUAAUCUUAGAUUGAAAUGAAACAGGUAACGAAAAUUUACCAUGACCAGAUAAAAACUGAGAAACUUUAAAAUUAUAGAGAGGAAAGACUUAGAAUGCAGUCUAUGGUAAA